CACGCAGCGGCGGCCGCCGCCCUCCUUAGCCGCGGAGGAUGCCUCCAACAGACGCCCGCCUCCCUUACCCGCAGCCGCGCUGCCGUUCGUCGCAGCCUGGGACGCCAUCGCGGAGGACGCCGCCGCCGCGCACUGUCCGUCCAUCGCCGCCAUCAUAUCCUGCGCUCUCUCGCGAAGCUACCACCGCGCCGCCGCCGCCGCCGCAUUGCACCAUCACCAUCCACGCCCUGGCCAUGUCCUUCUUAUAAGGUUUCUUAGGCUGUAGACACAAUAGUUAUUAUAUUCAAGGAGUAUUAUGCUGAACAAAGAGACAUUGACAGGAACUGACAAAGUUGAGAUCAACCAACAGAGAAGGCAUAGAUAAGUCAUUUCUGCAACAAGAAGGAACGGAUAAGUCAGUGCCUGAGCGGAAAGAGAGGGAAGAAGGGAAGAGAAAGACACAAUGGGCUUCCAAGGAUGCUUGAAGAUGCGUCUGGCAUAUGAUCCAGGUACAUGCAUUAGUUAACUGUUGACCGAUCACAUGCCAGGAAAAGAAGGAUGAAAGGUACUAAGGUAGUAAUAGAAAACAAUUGUUGGCACAGAACGUGCUUAUUGACAGGAAAGGAAGAACUUUACAUCACUUUUGAGCUUAAUUUUUUUUAUGGGGAAACUUAGGGGAAGUCUACAGAAGACAGGAAACUGCUCAAAUCUCGUUAUAUACUGGGCCUUUUAUACCAAGAAUAUUCAGGCUUACGAAACCAAUGUUGAUUCUCAAAUCUUAGGUUUGACAAAUGAGAGGGACAACUGCUAGGUGAUGAUCAAGUGAUGGAAUCAGCAGCAAAUAGGAAUGGAGGCAAGAUUACUUCCAACACAGAACAACACACCUCGGCCAUUGUAACAUUUCUUGGAUGAAGUGAUUUCUAAUCAAACAAUUUUGUCCACAUAAAUAUUGUUAGAUAGCUAGCGUUUGUGUAGUAGUUCCAUCAUUAUUUGUAAUCAAAUGUACGCAGAGUUUGCAGAAGCUAGGGAAGAAAGGGUACCUACUUGCUUGAGAAAACUGCAUUGGAUUACGAUGAUGAUGACACUGCUCUUGAAGACAUGCCUAUUGCAAUUGAAACGGACAAAGCUAAAACCCAACACUAUGAGUUGCCGACCACGUUCUUCAAGCUAGUUCUUGGAAGAAACCUCAAAUACAGUUCCUGCUACUUCCCUGAUGAUUCAAGCACCCUAGAAGAUGCUGAGGUUGCAAUGAUGGAACUCUAUUGUAAGAGGGCACAGAUUCAAGAUGGGCAAAGCAUCCUUGACGUGGGAUGCGGAUGGGGAUCCCUUUCUCUGUACAUAGCAAAGAAACAUAAGAAUUGCAGCGUUACAGGGAUAUGCAACUCAACAACACAGAAGGCUUUUAUUGAAGAGAAGUGUAGGGAAAAUGAGCUAUCAAAUGUUGAGAUAAUUGUGGCAGACAUCAGCAAAUUUGAGAUGGAGCGUUCUUUUGACAGGAUCAUAUCCAUAGAGAUGUUUGAGCAUAUGAAAAACUACAAGGCCCUUCUUAAGAAGAUAUCCAUGUGGAUGAAAGAGGACAGCUUAUUAUUUGUCCACUACUUCUGCCACAAGACAUUUGCGUACCACUUUGAGGACAAUAAUGAUGAUGAUUGGAUCACAAGAUAUUUCUUCACUGGAGGAACAAUGCCAUCCGCAAACCUUCUGCUCUACUUUCAGGAAGAUGUAUCUGUGGUCAAUCAUUGGCUUGUCAGUGGCACACAUUAUGCUAGAACAAGUGAGGAGUGGCUGAAGCGCAUGGACAAGAACAUCACGUUCAUAAAGCCAAUCUUUGAAAAAACUUAUGGGAAGGAAUCUGCUACCAAAUGGAUUGCUUAUUGGCGUACAUUCUUCAUCUCAGUUGCUGAACUUUUCGGAUACAACAAUGGCGAUGAAUGGAUGGUUGCACACCACUUGUUCCGGAAGAAAUAAAAGCUACUAGUAGAUGUGUCGAGAAGCAUCCAUCAUGGAGUUUAUAUCUAGGCUGCAUUUGGUAUUGUGGUGGAUUCUCGUAAUCCUAUUUGCCCCACCCGCUUUUAUCUAUUUUAUUAUUUGGCUGAGGCUGACAAAUUUCUUCUGCUUUUGUGUGUAGUUUCCAUAACAGAUUGUAAAAUAAGUUCAGCACAACAUAGUUUGGAAACGCAAACUGAGCCCUAGUAUUACUGCUUCCCAUGUACCUGAAUGAGCAGUUCAUUUACUUGAAUUCAGUUGUAGUAUGAUGUAUUUGACUGAACCUCCCCUCGUAAUUAUGUUUUGUGUCUGCAGUGUGUAA